GUAAAAAAAAAACAAUCUGGAUGCCUUCACCUAUUUGACAGUGCUAAACAAACUUUAGUGGUCACGUCAAAGCUCAAUUUAUUUGAUUAAGCGGUAUGCAGUUUAUAAACAUCUGACUGGUCAGUGUUGGAUGCUCAACGAUAUUACGCCGAGGAGAAUCCAAGAUUAUCAAGAGAAUUAUCUUGAUAAUUCUCUCGAAAUAGAUUAUGGACAUUUAACUCCAGAAGAAUUGGCAAGGCUUAAAUUCAGCUUAAUCUAUCCAGGAACAAAGUGGUGUGGACCGGGAAACGUGGCAGAAAACUACGACGACCUGGGACCAUCGCAAGAGGCCGACGCGUGCUGCAGGGACCACGAUAACUGCCCCGACUACAUCGCAGCUGGCGAGUCUAAGCACAAUCUCACCAACAAAACUUUUUUCACAAGGUUGCACUGCGAUUGCGACGAGGACUUCCGCCAAUGCUUGCAGAAAGCAGAGACGGAAACCUCGGCUACGAUCGGCUACAUGUACUUCAAUGUGAUUGGAUCAAAGUGCUACAGAAAUGAUUACUUAAUCACAGGCUGUAAAACAGGAGGAGGAUGGCUGAACACGAAAUGCGUUGAAUACGAAUACGAUACAAGCAGCGAGAAAACUUACCAGUGGUUUGACGUGCCCAGCUUUAACUCGGCUAGACGUAGCACGACGCUAGCACGUACUAGAAUAUUAAAUUCAAGACGGUAGGAACAGUCAGUUAGUUUAUCGGAAUUAAAACAAAGACAUUAGCAACAUUCAAAGUCACAGAUAAUAUAGAAAUACAGUAUCUGUAAGCAUACAGGUGUUAGUUUUUAGUGUUCGAAGCUUAAAAUACGUGUGAUAAUGUACAUGUUAUAAGUACCUAGUUGAAAGUACUGAAUGUAUUUUCAUAUUUUCAAUCAAGCAAGCUGUUUCAAUCUGGUCAAAUCUCGCCGGGACAACAAAGUGAUGUCCAAUUUUUGUCGCAACGAUAGAUAAGGAAAUAACCAGAUAACGUCACCAGAACGCAUUCACGUUGAUAUAAUAUGGCAGGACACAAGUAAGAGGACAGUAUUGUGUAAAUCCGAUGUUUAUUUUGAAAUUCAGGACAAAGUUUACACUGAAUUUCAGAGCUUAUCAGGGUAUUUAUGUUUUCAAAAUAUAUUUAAUUUGUAAAAAAAUUCAACUUUAAUUCUUGAUCUGCCCCACGUUGGGUGCCAAACAGUAUUGUAACAGAUGUCCGCUUCGUGGAUGGGGAUGGUCCAAUAU